GCUUCCCCCAAGCAAUCAUGCAUCUGCAUUGGUCACGCAAACCACCACGGAUCUAUCCUCUCACCAUGCGACCAUGAUCCACUGACGCCAUCAAAACCAAUAAUAUAUAUCAAGAUCGAUCUCAUACAAAACUGACCCUUUGUUUUCUUUCUUUCCUUCCUCGGAAGACUGCUCAGUAUCCUCGUCGCAAGCCUACUUGUCCUAUCAUGGCACAGCCCCAAUCAUCAUUGUUGCCAGCGUCGCAUCAGAUUCUGUUUCUAGCAAUAGUGGCAUUGCUGCUUGCAGUGGCAAGAUCCGAAUAUGAUGGUCCACUCUGUGUCUCGGAGAAUAAGGUGUUUCACGUUCGAGUGGAUUUGUACUCGGGAGAGCUAGGAUACUACGCCUUUGAAGAAUGCGGUCUGGAAAAUGUGAAUCCCACCGUGGCAAUGGAAAUUGGAGAAACGUACACGUUUAUUCAGAAACACCGGAGCAAUUACUUUCAUCCCAUUGGAUUUGCCUACUCUCCAUACGGCGAUGAAGAACUGAAAAAGGAAGUCACUCCCAGCACCAGCGAAGGCAACCCAGCGUGUAUUGGCAAUCUCACGUGUGCCGCACCCAUGUACUAUUUGAAUGACGAGUAUUUGGGGCACUACAGCAACAAUCCGACGCUUCUCCAGAAUGUGACGGUCAAUAUCAGUGACAAUGGAUUGGAUGUCUACGAACCACUCUUCUUUCGAAGUCCCGCCGAAUGGACGUCCAUGGGAACCUUUAGUAUGAAAAUGAGAUUUGAUGAUGCCGAUAUUAAAAAAGACAUGUUUAUAUUCUGCCACAUUCACGAGUGGAUGGCUGGACGCAUCAAGUUUACCAAAAAUGGCACCGUUCUGAACGAACUGGAUGUCCCUACGUUGGGCUUUGAAUUUGACUACAAUACACCUCUGCUGUCGGACUUUGACAAGGAAUGUGGAACCUUUGGAUUGGGAGACUACCAGAUUCCGGGACAUCCCCACUGUCCCGAUCAGUUUGUCUGUGACAAGGACGAUCCCGCCAUUGAUCCCAAAAUGGCACAAUUCGGUAGUUGCAUUGAUGCCAUGAAUUGUCACAUGCUGGUUGGCAUGACCACAGGGAUCAAGGCACAGGAUGAACGAGCCCUGUUUGUGCAUCAAAUGAUCCCGCAUCAUCAAAAUGCCGUCAACAUGGCCAAGGCAUUGUUGAAGCGAGACAAACUGCAAUGCGAAGAUUUGACGGACCAGGAAACUCCAGAUUGUGUUCUCGAGGGAAUCCUAUAUGAAAUCGUCAAUACACAGAACUUGCAAAUCCAGGCCAUGUACGAUUACUUGGAUGCGAUGCGCAUGCCCGAAGUGGACAAUUGUGACGUGAAACUGGAAACGGUGGCGGAUGAUACACAACAACAACGACAACAACCAGCACAGGGCAGCAACGCAAGGGGACUUGGUUACUAUUAUGAUUAUGGGAAUACUGUGGUUGUAGUACUGGCAGCUUCCAUGGUAUGGAUGCUACUGCAAAGGUGAUGCAGGAUGAUAGUACAGUAUAUACGCACCGUACCGUACCAAUCCACAUUCAAGUACCGUACUUGUAGAUGCCGUAGGGUUCCAUGUCAAGCAGAAUUGCUGGAAGGAAAACAACGCUUGAAAUCCA